AUGGCGUGGAGCAAACAGGUGGUGGGAAUGGUGGGAAGUAAAAGCAGACAGGAAGUACGAGAAACCGGCCGGGAGGGGAAACGGGUUAUGGAGAAAACAGUGAGUAAGAGAAGUGGGGAAUCAUUAAGUGGAUUAGUGGAAGAAUUUAUUCCUAAGGCAACUAGGAGUGGGAGAACUGCAGAAAGUAGGAUGGUGAAGACAAGGACGAGAAUGAAAUGUGGGAAUAGGCUAAUCGAAGAUACUGAGGGAGAAGUGGGGAACAGAGAAGGAUAUACUGGGGUAUGCUACGCAAAUUAUGGUAUGGGGAUUAGAGAUAUUGGGAAACAUGUGGUCGGAAUUGGGAGGAAGGAACUGGGGGAAAGUGAAUUAGGAAUCGGGGAAACGUGGAAUAAAAAAUAA